UAGAAUUUGAGAAUGAGCUGAACCACGUCGUUUAGCAAACUUUCAAGCAACUUGAAUAUAAUUUAAAGCUCAACUUGUUUCCAGAACUUUGACACUUAAAAGUUUAAAUAUUUAAUAUAAUAAUUUUUACUGUUGAAAAUAUUUUUGUAUUAUUUUACUUUACAACAAUGCUGUCAUCCAGCUUUCGGACCCUGCACGGGGGCUUCCUAGGGCCUCGCAUAGCCCAGUCUCCUCUGAUACUCGGCUUAUCUUUCCUGUCUCCCCUCUCUGAUAGCCCCUUUUGCGAGCUUUCUGCAAACCGGCGACCACUUGUCAACCGUAAAAUGUCCGAGAACGGCUUGGCGUCCCGACGGGGGAAGGUGCUCACUACUGACACCAUGAACCCCAGUGUCAAGAAGGUGGAGUACGCUGUACGGGGCCCCAUAGUGCAGCGUGCGGUGGAGAUCGAGAAUGAGUUGAAGAAGGGAGCAAAAAAGCCCUUUUCUGAAGUCAUCAAGGCCAACAUUGGGGAUGCCCAUGCCAUGGGCCAGCAGCCAGUAACAUUCUUCAGACAGGUUUUGGCGCUCUGCUCUUACCCAGAGCUCCUCAACAGUCCCCUGUUUCCAGAGGAUGUGAAAAGUAGAGCAGGACGCAUCCUCCAAUCCUGCGGAGGGGGCAGCAUAGGGGCUUACAGUGCCAGUCAGGGUAUAGAGUGUGUGCGGCAGGAUGUCGCUCAAUACAUCAAGCAGCGUGAUGGCGGCAUCCCCUGCAACCCAGACAACAUCUACCUCUCCACUGGAGCGAGCGAUGCCAUUGUGACCAUACUGAAGCUGCUUGUUUGCGGUGAGGGUCGAACCUGCACUGGAGCCAUGAUCCCCAUCCCCCAGUACCCUCUCUAUUCAGCUGCCCUAGCAGAACUGGGUGCCGUGCAGAUCAACUACUACCUAGAUGAGGAGAACUGCUGGAGUCUAAACAUUGGCGAGCUACGACGUGCCCUAGUGGAUGCCCGCAAACACUGCAACCCCCGUGUCCUCUGCAUUAUCAAUCCUGGCAACCCCACUGGUCAGGUUCAGAGCAGGAAAUGCAUAGAGGAUGUGAUUCGAUUUGCGGCUGAGGAGAACCUGUUCCUGAUGGCUGACGAGGUGUACCAAGACAAUGUGUAUGCGGAUGGAUGCCACUUCCACUCCUUUAAGAAGGUGCUGUUUGAGAUGGGGCCGCAGUACUCAAAUACUGUGGAGCUGGCCUCCUUCCACUCCACCUCUAAGUGCUACAUGGGAGAAUGUGGCUUCCGGGGAGGUUACAUGGAAGUGGUCAAUAUGGAUUCUGAUGUAAAAGCUCAACUCACCAAGCUGGUGUCGGUUCGCCUGUGCCCUCCUGUCCCGGGUCAGGCCCUAAUGGACCUUGUGGUGAACCCACCAAAACCUGGCGAGCCAUCCCAUGCCACCUUCAUGAAGGAGCGCACUGCUACCCUCAGAUCCCUGGCAGAGAGGGCCAAGCUGACAGAGCAGAUCCUGAACACAGUACCAGGCAUCCACUGUAACCCUGUUCAAGGUGCUAUGUAUUCCUUCCCUCAGAUCACCAUCCCAGAACGGGCUGUACAAGAGGCAAAGGAGAAGGGUCAGGCCCCAGACAUGUUUUACUGCAUGAAGCUGCUGGAUGAAACUGGCAUCUGUGUGGUCCCAGGGAGCGGUUUUGGCCAGAAAGAAGGAACCUACCAUUUCAGAAUGACCAUCUUGCCUCCUACUGACAAGCUGAAGAUCCUCCUGCAAAAGGUGAAAGAGUUCCACAUGGGCUUCACAGAACAGUUCUCUUAGUGUCCAUUGUCCCCAGUGCAGGGAGAUGGUAACAGACACACAGGCUGUCACCAGUCAUCUCUGUCAAGUGCCUGUUCCUAUGGGGUUUCUUCGUACACUGAGAUGAACUUUUGCCUUUCAUGCUCUUCAUGGCACCUUGUAGAUUGUCAGUCCACAUCAACUGGUUGUGACAAACAAGGUUCACUAUUUCUUUGCACACUUAAUCUUCACUGGAGUUUGUUUGGAAUUGAUUAUCACUUCAAAGAAUAUGCGCACAUUGGGCAUUCAGAAUAAAUUGUGUAUGUGUGUGUGCGCUUGUGUGUUAGAGAAAAAUAUUGUGUGAGACUGACUUUGUGCACAGAUACAGACAAUUGCUCCUUACUCUAUAUUCUGUACUGAUGCUCAAGUUGCUCAUUGAACUUAUUCCCAGGAUGGAUAGAUCCUGUCUCAGUGAUCAAGUUUAGCAACCUCCACUGCACAAAAGUUGCAGGCAUUUACAAGUGUUGCAGCAUAUAAAUUACUGAAAUAUCAUAUCCACAAUGCAAAGGAAAGAUACAUGUUUCCCUAGUGUUAUUCAUGUAUGCUAAAAUAAUUUUAAGAGUGACUGUAGUGUUACAUCAUUAAAAUAUGUGUGACUCGUAUCGUGUGACAGAAUUCAAGCUGUGUAUAACAUUUACACAGGAUCUGUACAUUUAGCUGAAUUCAGUGUGUUCUCAAAGGUCAACAAAACCGAUCUGAACCAAACAAAAUAUGUUUUUAAUUAUAUCAUAUUCUUUCUCAUAUGGGGGGGGUGCGGUGGCACAGUGG